UUCACAUUUUAAAGCCAAAUUGAUCAAAGUUGCACUUUCCAAGAAUGGAAAUACAGCCAUCCUUUGAAAUUCGUGCUUAAGCUGAAUUUUGUGAUGCACUUCUGCAACCAAGCAAAGUUUACAAAAAUGCAUGUAGUAUAUUAGAGGAAAGUGUGUGCAAAAUGAAUAUAUUGGUGAAAAUAACAUACAAAAAUGCAUUAAAUUAGAAUAAAUUGAUUGCAAAAAUGCAGGGGUGUAGUCAUGUAGGGUCACAGGGGGUUGGAGACCCCUUACAGUUUUUGGAGCUGGGUCACCUUGAAAAAGGAGCAUGUUAGCCACUGAGAAGAGUCUUCUCAGACUUGUCCUUUUGUGCUGAAUGGAGCCAAUCAGAGUGAAAGGAAAUGAGUCAGUCACUGAGAAGACUUCUCAGUAGCUAACACACGCCUCCUUUCAUGCUGAUUGGCUCCUAGGGUAACUGAAAAGUAAGCUUCAUGGCAAGGUACCUUGGUCUCCCAAAUCCUAAUCUCACACUUGGCUUCAUUUCAAAAUUCUUAAAAUCAAAAGGCUUCUGGCAACACUGAGCCCCUGGAAAGAGAGAGAGAUUGAGGGAAGGGGGAGCCUAUGCACAUAGCAGUUUUAUUCUGGUUCUACAAUUCUGUAAUUGCAGAACAGACAGUGAAUCCUGGAGGUGUGGCUGCCAGAUGGUGUGGUCUGACUGUCAUGAAGGGACCUUGCGCUUCUAAAUUUGCCACUACUGUACACUACUGAAGAACUGUGUACAUGAGUCAAAACUGCAUACAAAAAUGCAUUUUUAGGAGAAAUUUGCAAUUAAAUGCUGAUGAAUUUUCAUGAGGAUAUUUUAAAAAGCACAAAUUGCUGCAGAAAUGCGGAUUUAAGAUUAGAAAAAAGAGAAACAGAGAACAGAAAUUAAUAGAUCCUUCCAUCCCCAGGAGCAAUAUAAAUCAACCAAAAACUUUAGCAGAACUUCUUCUAAAUUGUUCUGCUCCUACAAUAAAUUGUUGGCCAGUUCUAGUGGGACCUUCCCCCCCCUUCCAAUGCAAACAGCAGGCAUGCCCCCUCCCCAUCCGAUCCAGACCAGGACUUUAGGAGUCGAGGGGCACAAAUGGUUAAAGCCCUUCACAUCAUCCCCCCCAUGUCGGAGUCUUGAUGCAAGAGUGGACAGCCUCCUGCAUCUUGAAUAGUUUGUUUAUUUAGCAUAUUCAUAGACAGUCUUUCAUCGCAGUCAGGAUCCUUUGGGUUAAAGAGCAGGCUGUAAAGAUAAUAAACAUAUAGAUCCCAGCGUAAGGUAAAUUACACAAAACAUAUAACAUUGCUGAAACCCAUCAAAACUGUCAAUGAACAUAACAAUAAGAGUAGCUAAAAAUACAACAUAAACCAAAAACUACAGUGUAGGUUACGCAUUCUCAAACAGAAAUUGGGGCCCUGCACCUGCAAUUUAAGGUGCUUUAUGCGUAAUGGAAAUGACCUGUCUGAAGUUUUACAGGAAACCCAUAUGAUGCAGUAAAUGUCCUGUAUGGGUCCCAUGUUAUUCCCUCCUCUGUUCUGCUAAAAAAAUAAGAAUAUAACAAAUAUUAUUUCAAUGAAAAGACCGCAGCUGUAGGUGGAGCAUCACCAGUGUGGAUGCUCCAUUACGGUUCUUUCCAGAACUUCUGAAAAGUCAUUUAUGCGAUUGCAAAUUCUGUGACUGGCAUCUCAUCUGGUUUGGCCCUGACAUGAUACAGCUGCAUGGGAGAGACUGUUUAUACAAGAAAAGGCCAAGGGUCCAAAGUGCCAAAAAUCUUCCUCAUUGUUGCCCUAAUCCCACCCUCAUGGGACAGCCUCCCACCCCUCAGGAAUUCCAGAAAUGUAUCUUUUGCAACCAGUUGGACAAGAGAAGAAGCUGCAAAGAGACAUUUUGGAGCCUGGCUGUUCAGUCUUCAUGGCCUCCCAGGCAAAUCUUUCACACCUUCUCCCUGAUGUCCGGUUGCGUCAACUGGCCCAUGACUGGCUGCGGGAAGAUACUCCCAGCUUUGACUAUGCCGGUUAUGCUGUGGGUGACCAUCAGGAAUGUGCUGUGCUCCUCUGCAAGUCCCCAGGAGUCUUGGCUGGCUUCCCUUUCUUUGAGGCUGUCUUUGCUGAAGUUGGCUGCACUCUGGAGUGGCUCCAAUCGGAGGGAGCCUGGGUAGAACCCAACACCCGAGUGGCCGAAGUCUGUGGGCGAGCCAAAGACAUCUUGCUGGGUGAGCGAGUGGCUCUGAACUGUAUCGGACGGUGCAGUGGCAUUGCCACCUCAGCAGCAAAAGCAUGUCAGGCGACCCGAGAAACUGGCUGGCACGGCGAGGUGGCCGGGACACGGAAGACCACACCUGGGUUCCGUCUCCCUGAGAAGUAUGGCCUCCUCGUGGGAGGAGCUUCCUGCCACCGUUAUGACUUGGGGAGUCUCAUCAUGUUGAAGGACAACCAUGUGUGGGCAUCUGGGGGGAUCACACAGGCCGUCCGGAGUGCCCGGCGAGUUGGAGGCUUUACCCUGAAGGUAGAAGUUGAGUGUCGUUCGUUGGAAGAGGCUCUUGAGGCUGGAGAAUGUGGUGCUGAUAUUAUCAUGUUGGAUAACUUUGCUCCGCAGGUGCUGUCGAGCCGGGUUACUUUAAAGGUAUCAAAGCCCAAAUCUGUGCUUCCUGCUCACCUGACUUUGAACAGGAUUUGGGUUUUAUUUAAAAAAAAACCCAACAACUCCCCCUCCCCCCCCAACACUGUGCUUUGCUGCCUUCUUCUGGAACUAGGAAGACCUGGUUGCUCCUAGGCUCAAUGCACUUUGAAAAUAUUUAUGCCUGUCUGGUAUGUCUCACUUUUAUGACCCCCAAAUAAAUGACUGUGGCUGAUGUGUUUAAAAUCCAUCUUGCCCCAUGUGGGAGCUACUUACUUACUUACUUAUCUAUUUAUUUAUUUAUUUAUUUAUUUAAUUGGAUUUAUUAGUCGCCCAUCUGGGAGGAUGUCCAACCACUCUGAGCGACGUACAAUCUAAAAUAUAAAAUUACAUUAGCCAAAAGACAUACAAACAUUAACACAUUAAAAUCACAACCAAUAGCUAUGAAACCUACAGAACCUAACCCACCUCUCUCUCUCUUUCUCUCUCUCUCUCUCUCUCUCUCUCACUCACUCACACACACAAACACACAAAAACCACAUGGCUCCAUAUGUAUCUGGACUUCCACACAAUACAUCAGGGAUGGGGAACCUUGUAGAUAUCACGACACAGUGAGACACGGUGAGACCAGAGUUCAAUUUCGGAGCCCCCCUCGUAAUUCUGGUCUCCGCUUUUAUUUUACCUCCGCCUGGAGGCGUGGAUUAUUUUUUCUCCAUAAACAGCCUAUGACCUUUAACUAUUGUAUAACAUCACGUACAUACAUAGUACAACAGCAUUAUCUACGUGGCAAUAUGCAGGCAGUUAUUUAACCACUACAGAUGUCAGUAUCGUUUACAGCCAUAAAGUUAACCACAUCCUGUUUUUCCACUGGUCAGAUCGCAAUGUCUUGAGAGAUAGUGUACUGAGAACAGCAGCGUGGUUUGCCAACGUAUGCUGUUCAUUCAGUCCACCCCACAUCUCCCCCUUUUUUAUUUUUUAGCAAAAAGUAAUUACUACGUAAUGGUCGCGGAGCAACAGGUGUACAUGUCUGGAAAAGGUAUUGUAAAAAACAGCAUAAGCCUAUACUUAAAAUGAGUAAAAGAAUAGCAUAUCUAAGAAUCUGACUUAGCCAUCCAGUGGGCAGCCAACUCCAAAGCCACUGCCACCAAGUUGUAGGGGCGUCCUGCAAAAUGUUAUUAGCUAGAUCCUUCAAGUUUUUUACCUGUGCUCUGAUUUCAAAACUGUUGUCAGUUAAAUUAAAACAGCACAUAUUCUUUAUAGUUUCGCACCCCAACUGAUGUUGUAAUAGCAGGUAAUCUAUAGCUGCACGAUUAUCCAAGAUAGCUUGUCUUAAUAUACCCUGCUCUUCAUUUAACAAAGCAAUGGCUCGAGAGGUGGCAUUUAUCAUCUUAACAUAAUUACAGGCUAAUUUAUGUAAUUGAUU